AACACAAAACCAAACCAGCACAAAACUUGCAUAUUUUUGGCGGCAGCAUUUGCAAAGUUACAAACUUUGAGUGUUUUUUGAGUUUGCUAAUGGCAAUUUCAACACCCUUCAUCUCUUCUUCUUCAUUCAACUUGUUUUCCUUUUCGUUAUCUUCUUCUUUGGGUUGUUUCAGCACCCAUCAAGUUACUUUUUUGAGGACUAAUCCUCAUCAUAAUCAUAAUCAUUAUAGUCAUAAUCAUGGAACCUCAAAUGGACGGUUGUUGAUCAACUGUUGCUCCUCUUCUGAAAUGGGUUCCUCUCAGAAACCCAUAAAUAUGAGGCAGCCUCAAAUGUCAUCUAUGUCUCCAUUUGGAGUGACAUUCAAUGAAGCUGGCAUGUCUAAGUCAUCCUUUAAAUGGCAAAGGGUGUUGCUUAAAGUGAGCGGAGAAGCACUUGCGGGAGAUCAUACCCAAAAUAUUGACCCAAAGAUUACGAUGGCCAUUGCCAGAGAGGUUGCAUCAGUGACUCGUCUUGGCAUUGAGGUUGCAAUUGUGGUUGGUGGGGGAAACAUCUUCCGUGGAUCCUCUUGGGCAGGAUGUAGUGGUCUUGAUCGCUCAUCUGCAGAUUAUAUUGGGAUGUUGGCUACAGUCAUGAAUGCUAUAUUUCUUCAAGCAACAAUGGAGAGUAUUGGAAUUCCCACCAGGGUACAGACGGCAUUUCGCAUGUCUGAGGUUGCAGAACCAUAUAUACGUCGAAGAGCUGUGAGACAUUUGGAGAAAGGAAGAGUUGUGAUUUUUGCAGCUGGAACCGGGAACCCAUUCUUCACCACAGACACCGCUGCAGCCCUUCGCUGUGCAGAAAUUAAUGCAGAGGUGGUUCUGAAAGCUACAAAUGUUGAUGGGGUGUAUGAGGAUGAUCCCAGGCAUAACCCAAAUGCUCGACUUCUUGAUACUCUAACAUACCACGAGGUGACUUCUAAAGAUCUUUCAGUAAUGGACAUGACUGCCAUUACUUUGUGCCAAGAAAAUAACAUUCCCGUUGUUGUCUUCAACCUAAGCCAAGCAGGCAACAUCUCAAAAGCAAUAAAGGGAGAGAAGGUUGGUACAUUGAUUUGUGGGACAUGGAAUUCAACAGUGGCAAGGACAUGAGCCAGAAUGUCAUUGCUUUUUGAUUUGAAGGUCAUUUAUUACUGAAGCAAAAGUGUGUUUGGGUGAUUACAGUGGCCUAGAGUAAGAGUUAAUACCUUAAAAACAAUCGAUACACCAUGAUCCCAGUUGACUAGGUAAUGCAAUUAUAAUGUGAUUUUGUACAUAAUUUGUUGAUGCAGAACCACGGAACUGCCGAGAGUUUUUGUAGCACAAUAGUUAUAAGUUCAUUCGUUUCAAUUCGAUGUGAUUAAAAAAACUGGUUCUGACUCUGUUUAUCAUUACUGUUACUGUUACUGUUAUUAUUGUUUUUCAUUUUUACUAUAAUGUUUAUAUUGCCGUUUGUAAUAUUUUUGCAAGAAAUCUGUAUCCGCAACUUCAA